CCUCACUCCACGCAAUUAAGCAAAAACAAAAUCCAUCUCUUUUUCUUUCUUUUGUUUUUAUUAAUUAAAGAUAAUAAUAAGUAAUUUGGUUUUGGAGCCAGCCAGCCAGCCAAAAUCCAAGAACCAUUGAUGAGGUUUGAGCAGCGGAGAUAUAAAUAGAGGGCACGGAGAGACUCUGAGAGGAAAAAGUAUAACAGAAAAAAAAGGGAGAAAACUCCAUCCUCCGACACAGUCGCUUUACCCAAAGAAAAUUUUGCUGCGACAAUCAAUGACACGACAAAUUCGUAGUCAUAACAGUUGAAAAAUCCGGAAAAAAAAAAAAGCCAUAGACACCACCAACUUGGAUUUCUCUAACAUAGAUUUAGUCUUUUCGGGAUCCUCUUGGUUUUCCUUUUUUUGGAAUCCUUUUUUUUUUUUUUUUUUGGUCUCUUUCAAUUUCUUUCGUUGGAGAGCUUUGCUUUGCCAUUCCCAAGUUUCCUCCAAGCCUCUUUUCCUUCCUCCUUUGCAUGGCUUUUCUUCUUCGGCGUCUCUGCUAACGCCUCCCCCAUAUUCAGGUGUUGGUUCAUUUGCUUUAAUCAUGGACAUUUGUGUAUGCACAUGUACUGGAAGAUCCAAACCCUGCAAAUUCAAUCCUGGGUUUCUUUUCACCAUUGUGGUGAAGAUUUAACAAUGGAUGACCAAGGUGGAAGCAAGUUGACCGGAAUCCGGCAGAUUGUUAGACUAAAGGAAAUCCUUCAAAAGUGGCAAACUGUCACGCUAGGCUCAAGGCCAAAUACCCCCCAGUUGGAAGAAAAUCAGGGGGGUGUCUCAGGACCAGUUAACAAAAGGCUAACAAAUGUUGUGUGUUGCGAUUCUGAUGAGGAAAGCUGCCACAGUCCUGAACCACCGCCUGAUGUUCCAAAGGGAUAUUUGGCAGUUUAUGUUGGGCCAGAGCUUCGGAGGUUUAUCAUCCCUACGAGCUAUCUCAGCCAUCCUGUCUUCAAGAUUUUGCUGGAAAAAGCUGAGGAGGAAUUUGGGUAUGAUCACAAUGGCGGGCUUACUCUCCCUUGUGAGAUUGAGACCUUCAAGUAUCUAUUGAAGUGCAUAGAGAACAAUCAUAAGGGUCACCCUAUUGACAGCUCUGAUUCUGAACAGCUGGAGAUGCAAUAAAUAUUGGGAGAGAGUAAUUGUGCUGAUCUUUAUUGUGGUCAAGAACUUUGGGUUUAAAGCAAGGUCUCUUUUAUAUGCAGAUUUUCUUCUUCUUUUUUUUUUUUUCAUUUCUUUUCUCCUUUUUAAUUGACAAACAAUAGGAAACUUUUAGUUAGAAAAUUUUCAGGUGUAUGCAAUGAAUGUGAUGAGGGGAAGGCAAUGUCUCUCUACCCUUAUUGAAAUGUGAGUGGCAUCUAAUGUUUGAUUGAUAAUGAAAUACUUCUAUUGUUCAGAAAA